ACUUGGCCGCGAGGAGGGUGCCGUGCCGCGCCGCGCCGUCCGCUACCCUCGCCAUCACUAGCCUAGAGAGAAACACAGUCUGAACGAGAAGCAAAGGAAAGCCCUCUCGUCUUGCACCGCGCCCCGCGCACCGCGCCCUGACAGUGCUUUGAAACAGGACCCGCCACCAAUAGCCAGCCAAUAGCCAGCCAAUAGCCACUGGCCGUACAGCCCGACGUACAGCCCGACCCACCGAGUGGAUUCUAGCGCGGUUCUUCUACUUACCCUCCGUCCUUGCAGUCUUGCACGAUGGAACGGCACUGGUACACGAAUUGACGCUCCCCGCUAGCACCAGCCUUUUCAACCGCACGCCUGCUCACCCAGGGACCAGAACUAGCUCUUCACAGGAUUUUAUUGGAUUAUAAUGCUCACGCGGCCAUCACGACCUCGAGAUGCCUGGCUCGGACCCUGACGAGCCCUGGGAGCCCCCCGCUCCCCCUCCCCUGCCCGGGCCUGGCAGGCCUGGUCACCAUAGGCCCCAGGCCCACGCCCGAUGACGCCCGCCGCCCAACACCAAGCAGCUGCUCUGUAAUCUCCACUGCCUUACAUGGACCCACGGUCGGACAUGACAGGAGCAGCAGCGGCGGCAGCAACAGCAGCAGCAGCGGAGGCGGAGGCUGGGGGAGAUAGCUCUUGCUUGUGGGGGCUUUUGCCCGGGCUUUCGCGUCAAAUCGCGCCCCCGCCGCCCCCACAACUUAGGCGGGCCGGGGACGCGACGAGGGGGAGGGGGAGGCAGGGGGGGAGCAGUGGGGGUGAGUGAGAAGGCCGAGCAGGCGGGGCCCAUGCACCAUGUCCGAGUGCUCGGAGUCGGUCUCGGAGGAGGAGCGCAGUCUGUUCCGACCCUUCACCAGAGAAUCGCUAGCAGCCAUCGAGCAGCGAAUCGCGGAGCAGGAGGCGCGCCACCGAGAGCUGGAGAGGAAGCGCGCGGAGGGGGAGGACGAUUUUAUGGGUCGGAAGAAAUCGAAAAAAGAAGUGCGGUACGAGGACUCGGACGAGGACGAAGGUCCACAGCCGGAUGCGACGCUGGAGCAGGGCGCACCAAUACCUGUGAGGAUGCACGGCAGCUUCCCUGCCGAGCUGGCCUCCACGCCACUGGAAGACAUCGACACCUACUACCACAACCAGCGGACAUUCGUGGUCAUCAGCAAAGGGAAGGACAUCUUUCGCUUCUCUGCGACGGAUGCCCUGUGGAUCUUGGACCCGUUCAACCCCAUCCGCAGGGUGGCCAUCUACAUCCUCGUGCACCCACUCUUCUCUCUGUUCAUCAUCACCACCAUCCUCACAAACUGUAUACUGAUGAUAAUGCCCAGCUCACCAAAAGUCGAAUCAACAGAAGUAAUAUUUACCGGCAUCUACACAUUUGAAUCAGCCGUAAAGGUGAUGGCCAGAGGAUUCAUCCUACAGCCGUUCACCUACCUUAGAGAUGCAUGGAACUGGUUGGACUUCAUUGUCAUAGUUUUAGCUUAUAUCACGAUGGGAAUCGACUUAGGAAACCUGGCAGCGUUGAGAACUUUCCGAGUGUUGCGAGCUCUCAAAACGGUGGCCAUUGUACCGGGUCUCAAAACUAUCGUGGGUGCUGUGAUAGAAUCAGUGAAAAAUCUCCGGGAUGUAAUCAUUCUGACCAUGUUUUCACUGUCUGUAUUUGCGCUAAUGGGCCUGCAAAUCUACAUGGGUGUGCUCACUCAAAAAUGUAUAAGAAAUUUUCCCAGUGAUGGAUCUGCAGGCCCACUAACACACGAGAACUGGUUCGCUCACGCUAGUAACAAAACAAAUUGGGAAUGUAACGACGAGGAUGCUCGGGACUGCCCGCUGUGCGGGAACUCGUCCGGCGCCGGGAUGUGUGAACCAGGCUACACGUGCAUCCAGGGGUUUGGCUCGAAUCCUAACUACGGCUACACGAGCUUCGACACCUUUGGCUGGGCGCUUCUGUCUGCCUUUAGACUCAUGACGCAGGACUACUGGGAAAACCUGUACCAGCUGGUCCUGCGCUCGGCCGGGCCCUGGCACAUGCUGUUCUUCAUUGUCAUCAUCUUUCUCGGCUCCUUCUACCUCGUCAACUUGAUCCUCGCUAUCGUCGCCAUGUCGUACGACGAAUUGCAGAAGAAAGCGGAAGAGGAAGAAGCAGCCGAAGAGGAGGCGAUCAGGGAAGCUGAAGAGGCCGCCCAAGCCAAGGAGACGAGAAGAGUGAACCGCGCCGCCGCCCACGAUGCGAGAGUGCACGCCGCCGCCGAGGCGGUAGCGGCAGCAGAAGCCGCGGCAGAGGCGGAGGCUGCAGGCAGCGUCGCCAAGUCGCCUUCGGCGUUCUCUUGUCAGAGCUACGAGCUGUUCGUGGGCCAGGAGAAGGGCAACAUGGACGAUAACAACAAGGAGAAGAUGAGCAUCCGGUCGGACGACUGUGCCGAAUCGCUGAGUGAACACCACACCCGAGUGGGCCAAACCAAGUCGCGGAAGAUGAGCGCAAUGCUUUUGUCUCUCCAGUAUCGCUCACCAACUAAACAAGACUUUCGUUUUGCUUACCAGGAUAGCCUCACUGAGGCGAGUCUGAGUCUUCCGGGGUCGCCGUUCAACAUCCGGCGAGCCUCCAGGAGCUCCCACCAGUUCGCUAUGCGGAACCCCCCUCGCGCUGGUCGCUGGGGCGGGGACCGAAAGCCACUGGUGCUCAACACGUACCUGGACGCACAGGAGCACCUGCCGUACGCCGACGACUCGAAUGCGGUGACGCCCAUGUCGGAGGAGAACGGUGCCAUCGUGGUGCCCAUGUACUACACCAACCUGGGGUCGCGGCACUCGUCCUACACGUCGCACGCCUCGAGGCUGUCGUAUACGUCCCACGGCGACCUGCUGGGCGCGCUGGGCGGCAAGCAGCCCACCAAGGAGAGCCGCUUGCGGUCCCGGUCGUCGCGAGCCUCACAGGCCACGCCGUCGCAGGCCACGCCGGUCGUGUCCCAGCAGCCGCAGUCCCUGGUGCAAACUGCCUACCGAGAAUAUGAGCCGUCCGCAGACCUGGGUGAGGAGCAGCGCUCCAAACUUCAGGACAACCCCUUCAUAGACUCGAGCCAGGUCCAAAACAUAGUGAAUAUGAAAGAUGUAAUGGCGUUAAAUGACAUCAUAGAACAAUCACACGGUCGACAGUCACGGCAAAGUGACCAAGCAGUGUCUGUCUAUUAUUUUCAACAAACAGAAGAAGACGAGGAGGAGCCUACUUUCAAGGAGAAAAUGAUAGCUGCUUCACUGCGCGGCAUCGACAUUUUCUGCGUCUGGGACUGCUGUUGGUGCUGGCUCAAGUUCCAGCACUGGGUGGGCCAACUCGUGUUUGACCCCUUUGUAGAGCUUUUUAUUACGCUCUGCAUCGUGGUCAACACCUUGUUCAUGGCCCUCGAUCAUCACGACAUGAAUCCCGAAAUGGACGCAGCGCUCAAAAGCGGAAACUACUUUUUCACGGCGACCUUCGGCAUUGAAGCAACUCUGAAGCUGAUUGCCAUGAGCCCAAAGUUCUACUUCCAAGAGGGAUGGAACAUCUUCGAUUUCAUCAUCGUUGCGUUGUCUCUACUCGAGCUGGGUCUCGAGGGAGUCCAGGGCCUCUCAGUGUUGCGGUCUUUCCGAUUGCUCCGAGUGUUCAAGCUUGCCAAGUCGUGGCCCACGCUCAACCUGCUCAUUUCUAUCAUGGGCCGGACCAUGGGUGCCUUGGGUAACUUGAUCUUCGUGUUAUGCAUUAUCAUCUUCAUCUUCGCCGUGAUGGGUAUGCAGCUCUUCGGCAAAAACUACUAUGAUAACGUUGAUAAAUUUCCCGGGGGAGAAAUGCCAAGAUGGAACUUCAUCAACUUCAUGCACUCCUUUAUGAUCGUCUUCCGGGUCCUUUGUGGAGAGUGGAUCGAGUCCAUGUGGGACUGCAUGUUGGUUGGAGACUGGUCAUGCAUCCCCUUCUUCCUAGCAACUGUAGUCAUCGGCAACUUGGUCGUGUUAAAUCUUUUCCUUGCCUUGCUCCUGUCCAAUUUUGGGUCUUCCAAUUUAUACGCUCCAACGGCGGACAGUGAUACAAAUAAGAUUGCGGAGGCAUUCGACCGGAUAUCAAGGUUUAUCAACUGGAUAAAGCAGUGCAUAAGGGAUGCUAUCAAAAUGGUCACGAACAAGCUGACAAAUCAGAUCUCCGAUCAAGUCACCCACUCAAACCGAGAGCUUGACCUUGAUUUGGGAGCUGACGAGAUUCUUGCAGAUGGUGGCCACGUGUUUAGAGACAAGAAAAGCCCAAACACGCAGCUUGAGAUGGCGAUCGGGGACGGAAUGGAGUUUACCAUACAUGGAGACCUGAAAAACAAGCUGAGGAAGGGAAAAUUCCUAAACAAUACGAAGGCCAUCGGGAACUCCAUCACAGGGAAUCACCAGGACAACCGCUUUGAAAGCGACUUUAUAAAACACAGAUAUGACGAUGACAAUAUUAGCAAUCACUCAUAUGGCAGCCACAAAAACAGGCCGUUCAAGGACGAAAGCCACAAAGGGAGUCUCGAGACGCUGGACGGAGAGGAGAAGAAAGACGCCAGCAAAGAAGACUUGGAAGGUGACAGGGGAGAGACAGACCUGGAAGGCGAGGCGGAGGGCGAGGGGGAGGGGGAGAUGGAUGACAUCAUCAUCGCCGACAACACGGAGGACGUGCUGAUUGGCGAGUACCCCGCAGACUGCUGCCCGGACCCUUGCUACAAACGGUUCCCCUUCCUGGCCGGCGACGACGACGCCCCCUUCUGGCAGGGCUGGGCCAACCUGAGACUCAAGACUUACCAGCUGAUCGAGAACAAGUACUUCGAGACGGCUGUCAUAACCAUGAUCUUACUUAGUAGUAUGGCCUUGGCUCUCGAGGAUGUCCAUUUACAAAGUAGGCCCAUUUUACAAGAUAUUCUUUACUACAUGGACAGAAUAUUCACUGUGAUAUUCUUUCUUGAGAUGUUAAUAAAAUGGUUGGCACUGGGUUUCCAAAAGUAUUUUACAAACGCCUGGUGCUGGCUUGACUUCGUCAUUGUCAUGGUCUCCCUCAUAAACUUCGUUGCGUCCCUGGUUGGGGCUGGUGGCAUUCAAGCCUUCAAAACAAUGAGGACUCUCAGGGCUCUUAGGCCCCUUAGGGCUAUGUCUAGAAUGCAGGGAAUGAGGGUUGUCGUCAAUGCCUUGGUGCAAGCCAUACCUAGUAUCUUCAACGUAUUGUUGGUGUGCCUUAUAUUCUGGCUAAUUUUUGCCAUCAUGGGAGUGCAAUUAUUUGCCGGAAAAUAUUUUAAGUGUGUGGACGCUAACAAAACAACAUUGAGCCACGAGAUCAUCCCAGACAGAAACGCCUGCAUUGCGGAGAACUACACGUGGGAAAAUUCACCGAUGAAUUUCGAUCACGUGGGCAAGGCCUACUUAUGUCUGUUCCAAGUUGCCACAUUCAAGGGCUGGAUUCAGAUCAUGAACGAUGCCAUAGACUCUAGAGAGAUAAACAAACAACCCAUUAGGGAAACAAAUAUCUACAUGUACCUGUACUUUGUCUUUUUCAUUAUCUUUGGCUCAUUUUUCACUUUGAACCUGUUUAUCGGAGUUAUCAUCGACAACUUCAACGAGCAAAAGAAAAAGGCAGGAGGUUCCCUAGAGAUGUUCAUGACUGAAGAUCAGAAGAAAUACUACAAUGCAAUGAAAAAGAUGGGUUCGAAAAAGCCAAUGAAAGCCAUUCCCAGACCGAGGUGGAAACCUCAAGCCAUAGUUUUCGAAAUAGUGACCAAUAAGAAAUUUGACAUGAUCAUCAUGUUGUUUAUUGGAUUCAACAUGUUGACCAUGACACUUGACCAUUACCAGCAGUCUGAAACGUUUAGUAUGGUUCUCGACCAUCUGAACAUGAUAUUCAUUGUUAUAUUCAGCUCUGAAUGUCUCAUGAAAGUAUUUGCGCUGCGGUAUCACUACUUUGUAGAACCGUGGAAUCUUUUCGAUUUUGUAGUAGUUAUACUAUCCAUCUUAGGUCUGGUACUCUCUGAUAUCAUUGAGAAAUACUUCGUGUCGCCCACUCUGCUUCGAGUGGUACGAGUGGCCAAGGUGGGCCGGGUACUGCGUCUCGUCAAGGGAGCCAAGGGCAUCAGAACGCUGCUCUUCGCCCUGGCCAUGUCGCUGCCCGCGCUCUUCAACAUCUGCCUACUGCUCUUCCUCGUCAUGUUCAUCUUCGCCAUCUUCGGCAUGUCCUUCUUCAUGAACGUGAAGGACAAGAGCGGCCUGGACGACGUGUACAACUUCAAGACGUUCGGCCAGUCGAUGAUCCUGCUCUUCCAGAUGUCCACGUCGGCCGGCUGGGACGGCGUGUUGGACGGCAUCAUCAACGAGGAGGAGUGCGACAAGCCGAACAACGAGAUGGGCAUCGCGGGCAACUGCGGCUCGUCGACCAUCGGCAUCACGUUCUUGCUGUCCUACCUCGUCAUCUCCUUCCUCAUCGUCAUCAACAUGUACAUCGCCGUCAUCCUCGAAAACUACUCUCAGGCCACGGAAGAUGUGCAGGAAGGUCUGACGGAUGACGACUACGACAUGUACUACGAGAUAUGGCAGAACUUCGACCCAGACGGAACCCAGUACAUCCGGUACGACCAGCUGUCGGACUUCCUGGAUGUACUGGAGCCACCCCUGCAGAUCCACAAGCCCAACAAGUACAAGAUCGUCUCCAUGGACAUCCCGAUCUGCAAGGGCGACCUCAUGUUCUGCGUCGACAUUCUCGAUGCUCUAACCAAAGACUUCUUCGCCCGAAAGGGCAACCCGAUCGAAGAGACGGGUGAAUUAGCCGAGGUGCAGCCCGGCCGACCGGACGAGGCUGGCUACGAGCCGGUGUCGUCGACGCUGUGGCGGCAGCGCGAGGAGUACUGCGCGCGCCUCAUCCAGCACGCCUGGCGCAAGCACAAGCUGCACCGCGGCGGCGGCGUGUCCUCCGACGAGGGUCCGGAGGGCGGUGCGGAGGGCGGCGCCCCGCCGGCCGGCGACAGCGCCAGUGGCGGUGGCGGCGCCGGCACCGGCGGCGAGGACGGCGACGAGUCCUCCGGCAGCGGCGGCCGCCAGACGGCCGUGCUCGUCGAAUCGGACGGCUUCGUCACGAAGAACGGCCACCGCGUGGUGAUCCACUCGCGGUCGCCUAGUGUCUCGUCGCGCCUCGCGGAUGUCUGA